AUGGCUCCUCUACCUAUCAAGUUCACGGAGCUCAUUAAUUUGACAAAUGCUGAAAUCGCGACUCUAGAAUCCGAUCAUUACGUCUGCGUUCGACAAAAACUCAGCGAGGAAGACAAGCCCCAGGUGAUCAUUGUUAACCUCAAGAACAACAAUGAAAUCAUCAAGCGGCCGAUCAAUGCGGACAGUGCUAUCAUGCACUGGACCAAGAACAUCAUCGCCCUCAAGGCCCAGGGCCGCACAAUUCAGAUCUUCGACCUGACGGCGAAGCAGAAGCUGAAGUCGGCGGUCAUGAAUGAGGAUGUCGUAUACUGGAAGUGGUUCAGCGAGAAGAGCCUAGGCUUGGUCACCGACACCUCGGUCUACCACUGGGAUGUGUUCGACCCGACCCAGUCGCAACCUCUGAAGGUCUUCGAUCGGCUUCCGAACCUGAGUGGCUGCCAAAUUAUCAACUACCGCGUCAAUGACGAGGAGAAGUGGAUGGUCGUGGUGGGUAUCAGCCAGCAGCAGGGCCGUGUGGUUGGCUCGAUGCAGCUCUACUCUAAGGAGCGUGGCAUCUCCCAGUUUAUUGAGGGUCAUGCCGCUGCUUUUGCGUCCAUCAGGGUUGAGGGCUCUCCUUUGGAGCAUAAGCUCUUCACCUUCGCCGUCCGUACCCAGACCGGUGCGAAGCUGCAGAUCGCCGAGAUCGACCACCAGGAACCGAACCCCCGAUUCCAGAAGAAGGCUGUGGAGGUGUACUUCCCUCAGGAGGCCGUGAACGACUUCCCCGUCGCUAUGCAGGUGUCGCGCAAGUACGACAUCGUCUACCUCGUCACGAAGUAUGGUUUCAUCCACCUCUAUGACCUCGAGACCGGUACCUGCAUCUUCAUGAACCGCAUCUCCAGCGAGACCAUCUUCACCACUGCCACCGAUUCCGAUUCCGCUGGUAUUGUCGGCGUGAACCGCAAGGGCCAGGUCCUGUCCGUCAGCGUCGAUGAGAGCACCAUCAUCCAGUACCUGAUGGAGAACCCCGCUAUGUCCGGUCUCGCGGUGAAGCUUGCCUCCAAGGCCGGCCUUCCUGGUGCGGACCACCUUUACCAGCAGCAAUUCGACAACCUUCUCGCCCAGGGUAACUACUCCGAAGCCGCCAAGAUCGCCGCGAACUCCCCUCGUGGAUUCCUCCGUACUCCCGAGACCAUCAACUGCUUCAAGAACGCGCCGCAGACCGGUCAGCAGAUGUCCGUCAUUCUGCAGUACUUUGGCAUGCUGUUGGACAAGGGAUCCCUGAACCGCUACGAAAGUGUGGAGCUUGUGCGCCCUGUGCUGCAGCAGAACCGGAAGCAUCUGCUGGAGAAGUGGAUGCGCGAGAACAAGCUGGAAUCGUCCGAGGAGCUCGGUGAUAUUGUUCGCCCUUAUGACAUGAACCUGGCUUUGUCGAUCUACCUGCAGGCCAACGUUCCCCACAAGGUCAUUGCCGGCUUCGCUGAGACGGGUCAGUUUGACAAGAUCCUGGCAUACUCUAAGCAGGUUGGAUACCAGCCCGAUUACACCCAGCUCCUUCAGCACAUUGUCCGUGUGAACCCCGAGAAGGGUGCGGAGUUUGCAACCCAACUCGCGAACGAGGAGAGCGGUGCUCUCAUUGACCUGGACCGUGUUGUGGACGUGUUCCUCUCCCAGAACAUGAUUCAGCAGGCCACCUCUUUCCUCUUGGAUGCUCUGAAGGAUAACAAGCCGGAGCAUGGUCACCUGCAGACUCGUCUGCUGGAGAUGAACCUGGUCAACGCUCCUCAGGUUGCCGAUGCCAUCUUGGGUAACGAAAUCUUCACUCACUACGAUCGACCUCGUAUCUCGCAGCUUUGCGAGAAUGCUGGCCUCAUUCAACGUGCGCUGGAGAAUACCGACGACCCCGCGGUGAUCAAGCGAAACAUUGUCCGCACCGACAAGCUGAACCCUGAGUGGCUCAUGACCUACUUUGGCCGUCUCUCUGUCGAACAGACGCUGGAGUGCAUGGACACCAUGCUGGAGGUCAACAUCCGUCAGAACCUGCAGGCCGUUGUUCAACUUUGCACAAAGUUCUCUGACCUGCUGGGACCCACCCGCCUCAUCAGCCUCCUGGAGAAGUACCGCACUGCUGAGGGUCUCUACUACUACCUUGGAAGUAUCGUUAACCUCAGCGAGGACCCGGAGGUUCACUUCAAGUACAUCGAGGCUGCUACUGCUAUGGGCCAGAUCACCGAAGUUGAGCGGAUCUGCCGUGAGAGCAACUACUACAACCCCGAGAAGGUGAAGAACUUCUUGAAGGAGGCUAAACUGACCGAGCAGCUUCCUCUGAUCAUUGUCUGCGAUCGGUUCAACUUCAUCCACGACCUUGUCCUCUACCUUUACCAGAACCAGCAGUACAAGUCCAUUGAAGUCUAUGUGCAGCGCGUGAACCCCUCCCGGGCUCCAGCGGUGGUUGGUGGUCUGCUCGAUGUCGACUGUGACGAGGGUAUUAUCAAGAACCUGCUGUCUACUGUCGACCCUGCCGUCAUCCCCAUCGAUGAGCUCGUUAGUGAAGUCGAAUCCCGCAACCGGCUGAAGCUGCUUCUUCCUUUCCUCGAGGCGACCCUCGCCACUGGCAACCAGCAACAGGCUGUCUACAACGCUCUGGCCAAGAUCUACAUCGACAGCAACAACAACCCCGAAAAGUUCCUGAAGGAGAACGAUCUCUACGACACCUUGACUGUCGGCAAGUACUGUGAGAAGCGUGACCCCAACCUCGCCUACAUCGCCUACCGCAAGGGCCAGAACGACCUGGAGCUUAUCAACAUCACCAACGAGAAUGCCAUGUAUCGCGCACAGGCUCGUUAUCUCGUUGAGCGGGCUGAUCCUGAAAUCUGGGCGUUUGUGCUCAGCGAGAACAAUGCCCAUCGCCGUUCUCUGGUUGACCAGGUCAUUGCCACUGCUGUGCCGGAGUCGACCGAACCCGACAAAGUGUCUGUUGCGGUCAAGGCCUUCCUCGAAGGUGACCUUCCUGGAGAACUGAUUGAGCUCUUGGAGAAGAUCAUCCUUGAGCCCUCGCCCUUCAGCGACAACGGCAGCUUGCAGAACCUGCUGAUGCUGACCGCUGCCAAAGCUGACAAGGGUCGCCUGAUGGACUACAUUCACCAGCUCAAUGAGUUCAGCCCCGACGAAAUUGCCGAGAUGUGCAUCUCUGUGGGACUGUAUGAGGAGGCUUUCGAGAUCUACAAGAAGGUCAACAACUUCCUUGCUGCCGUCAACGUGUUGGUGGAGAACAUUGUCAGCAUUGACCGUGCCCAAGAGUUCGCUGAGCGGGUUGAGCUGCCUGAAGUCUGGAGCAAGGUCGCCAAGGCCCAGUUGGAUGGUCUUCGUGUGUCCGAUUCGAUUGAGUCGUAUAUCCGUGCUGAUGACCCGUCCAACUACAACGAAGUCAUCGAGACCGCGACGCACGCCGGCAAGGAUGAGGAUCUCGUCAAGUACCUGAAGAUGGCCCGCAAGACCCUCCGGGAGCCUGCCAUCGAUACCGCGCUUGCCUUCUGCUAUGCUCGCCUUGACCAGCUGCCUGAACUCGAGGACUUCUUGCGGGCGACCAACGUGGCGGACGUUGAGGCGUCCGGUGACAAGGCCUACGAGGAGGGAUACCACCAGGCUGCCAAGAUCUUCUACACUAGCAUCUCCAACUGGGCCAAGCUGGCCACCACCCUGGUGCACCUGGAAGACUACCAGGCUGCCGUGGAGUGCGCCCGCAAGGCCAACAGCGUCAAGGUCUGGAAGCAGGUCAACGAGGCCUGUGUGAGCAAGAAGGAGUUCCGCCUGGCCCAGAUCUGUGGUCUCAACCUCAUUGUCCAUGCGGAAGAGCUGCAGGAUCUUGUCCGCCAGUACGAGCGCAACGGAUACUUUGACGAGCUCAUUGGCGUCCUGGAGGCCGGUCUGGGUCUGGAGCGUGCUCACAUGGGCAUGUUCACCGAACUGGGCAUUGCUCUGUCCAAGUACCACCCUGACCGGGUCAUGGAACACCUCAAGCUCUUCUGGUCCCGGAUCAACAUCCCCAAGAUGAUUCGCGCCUGCGAGGAUGCCAACCUCUGGCCGGAGCUGGUGUUCCUCUACUGCCACUACGACGAGUGGGACAACGCGGCUCUGGCGAUGAUGGAGCGGGCGGCGGAUGCGUGGGAGCACCACUCGUUCAAGGACAUUAUUGUCAAGGUGGCGAACCUUGAGAUCUACUACCGGGCGCUGAACUUCUACCUCCAGGAGCAGCCGCUUCUCCUGACGGAUCUGCUGCAGGCUCUGACUCCCCGCAUCGACGUCAACCGUGUGGUGCGCAUCUUCCAGGCGUCGGACAACAUCCCGCUGAUCAAGCCGUUCCUGCUCAAUGUGCAGACGCAGAACAAGCGGGCGGUGAACGAUGCGAUCAACGAUCUGCUGAUCGAGGAGGAGGACUACAAGACGCUGCGCGACUCGGUGGACAACUACGACAACUUCGAUGCGGUGGAAUUGGCGCAGCGGCUGGAGAAGCACGAUUUGAUCUUCUUCCGGCAGAUUGCGGCCAACAUCUACCGCAACAACAAGCGGUGGGAGAAGUCGAUUGCGCUGUCGAAGCAGGACAAGCUGUACAAGGAUGCCAUUGAGACGGCGGCGAUUUCGGGCAAGUCGGAUGUGGUGGAGGAGCUUCUGCGCUACUUUGUGGAUAUUGGAAGCCGGGAGUGCUAUGUGGGCAUGCUGUAUGCGUGCUACGAUCUGAUCCGGCCGGAUGUCAUCCUGGAGGUGUCGUGGCGGCACGGACUGCAUGACUUUACGAUGCCGUUCAUGAUCAACUUCCUGUGCGAGCAGACGCGGGCGAUCGAGAUGCUCAAGAAGGACAAUGAGGAGCGGAAGAAGCGGGAGGUCAGCCAGAAGACGGAGGAGGACAACACGCCGAUCCUGGGCGGUUCCCGGUUGAUGCUGACGCAAGGACCGGCGGCGCCUGCACCGGCUCCUAUGGCGUAUGGGCAGACGAACGGGAUCACGCCGCAGGCGACUGGAUUCCGCCCAUUCUAG